AUGGCCAAGUGCUUGGGUGAUUAUCUUGUCGUGGGCAUUCACAGUGAUGGUAGAAUUUGGUAUUCCAGUGUAAUUUUUUUAGAGGAAAUCACAAGACACAAAGGACCGCCAGUGUUUACUCAGGAAGAGCGUUUUAUCCUGCUAAAAGCCAUUAAAUGGGUUGAUGAGGUCGUCAAAGAUGCCCCCUACAUGACCCAACUUGAGGUUUUACAGGAACACAAUUGUGACUUUUGCGUUCAUGGAAAUGACAUUUCUGUUACUGAAGAUGGUUCUGAUGCCUACGAGAUCGUCAAAAAGGCUGGAAAGUAUGCAGAGGUCAGCCGGACUGAAGGCAUAUCAACGACUGACCUUUUAUACCGAAUCCAGCGGGCAACCAGACACUGCGAUGCAAGAAACUCGAUUAUUGAAAACGGUUCUGGUGAUCCAGAAGCUUCUUCCAUUUCCACUUAUACAUCAGGCAUCACACACUACAUGCCGAACGCUCUGCGCAUAGCUCAAUUCAUGUCGCCAGGCUGUGGCACUGGAGUCAGUAACAGCUCUUCUCUGGAAGGAAUUCGAGCUCCCAGGCCAGGCGAGCGAGUGGUUUACGCUCCUGGCGCGUUUGACCUCAUGCGUAUCCUUUAUGUCGGUCAUGUGCAAUUCCUCGAAAAGUGCCGUCGGCUGGGUACCUACCUCAUUGUUGGCCUCCACUCAGAUAAGGUAAGUUUUUUCACAGCAGCAUUGGAGCCUGGUCGGAUAGGGCCGAUCCUCAACAUAGAUGAACGGUUUCUUUCACUACUGGCUUGUCGUGUAAGUGUGUGCGUCUGUCUGAGUCCCAUUUUGUUCAUACCUGCGUUUAACAUUUGCAUUUUCAUUUCAUUCUUUGGCCUAAAAAAUACGUAA